AGUGUGUGUGUGUGUGUGUGUGUGUGUGUGUGUGUGUGUGUGUGUGUGUGUGUGGCCUUGCCCUGACGCGUCCCGGUCACCGAGAGAUGCCAGGGCGUAGAAGCCUGGUCACCUGAGGCCUCCUCCUCCCCGGGUCUAGCUCCAGGGUCUCGGGUCGCCUUGGGCACUGUCCCGAAGCCGCUCGGGAAGGGUCGGAGGGUGGAGCCGGAGGCCGCGGCCUCACAGCGGGCGUGGUGCGCGCGUGCAGACGGGAUGCCGAGCCGUUGUCCCGGAGUCGCAGAGCUGCCUGCGUUGGCCAGGAUCGAAGGUGGCAACGGGUCAGCUGGACAUUUUUAUCACGAGAAUUCCAAAGGUACAGGUGAACAUCAUAAAGCAGAUAAAAUCACAGAGGGACACAGAGUGUACUCACACUUUGCCAAGCUGCAGGAGUUAUGGAAAAUUACUCAAGUUCAAACAAUUCAUAUCCCUAAGUCAAUGACAGAUGCGCCUUUUCUAAAGCAUCCAGAACUCACCUCCGGUCAGAAGCGCUACCUGUACAGCAUUGCUAAGAUCUGUGACUCCGGCUACCUGAGGACCUUAAUGAAGAGGCAAUACAUGCAUGUGCUUCAUCAAGGCUCACAAAAGCCAGGUACCCUCACUCAUCACAGGAGCCAUAUCAGCUCUCGGUACUCACAGAAACAGCAUUCCCCCUGCACUACAUGGCGGCACCAUCUGGAGAGAGAGGAAUCUUUGAGUGUUUCGGCUGCAACACCUGAAAUGAUCAUCCAUUCCCUGUGGCGACCACUGAGGCACAAGGAAGGGUUAAAAAUUGGAUAUGCAUCCAAAACAAGAUGUAAGUCACUGAAGACGUUUAGAAGACAAGGCAGACUGCUCCUGCUACCAGUUUCUUUAGAUGAUUCUCAACCUUGCAUGAAUGAAGAAACAAAGGAGGAGGAGCUACUGAACGAGUGCAUGCAGUCCAUGUCCAUUCAAGAGCCGCGCACAUCUCAGGUCAACAUGACAGUCUCCAUACCAACCUCAGUUAUCAGCUAACAGCCACAUGCUGAGCCAGAGGUGCACAGGAAAGUUGUGAGCCAUGUAUGGAUAGUGCUAGUCACCAGUAUAUCAUUUGGGUUGUUGAGACAUUUACAAUAGCCUCCUUUAUCCAAUACGCUUCUGUGUACCAAUGAUACAUGUGUAAUGUAUGCUUGUAUCUAGCUAGGAACAAUUAAAAUUUUACUUGCCACAUAAACCUGAAUUGUUAAAAAUUUA